AUGGCAAUACUCAAAGCUCUCCAGCUCCUCUCCCUAAUUUUCAUCCAAAUUUGUCCCAUUGCCCAUUCCAUAAGAGAGCUUUCGGAUCCAUCGCCAUUUGAAUUCGUCGAUAACCUUCAUGAAAGCUCCGAAAGCAAUUCAAUUGAAGGUCUCAAUAAGCUCAAAAACUACCUUAAACAAUUUGGCUAUCUCAACUAUGAAGACGAAACCCUUCUCAAUGAUGAUUUAGUCGAUGCCAACCUUGAAUCCGCUAUCAAAACCUACCAAGAAAAUUUCAACAUUAAUGCCACCGGCAUGCUCGAUGCCACAACGAUAGCUCAAUUGACUGCCCCACGUUGUGGAGUUCCCGACAUCAUCAAUGGCUACAACACAAUGCUGAGAAACAACAGCCAUAAUCCAAUGUCGAAAUCUAUCAACAUUGUUUCACAUUAUACGUUCUUCCCCAAUCGCCCUCGUUGGCCAAGUUCUAAAACUCACUUAACCUAUAGGUUAGUUCCCAACAGUCGGGCAGAUGCAGUCGCAGCCGUGGAUAGCGCAUUCAAAAAGUGGGAUGCGGCUACACGAUUUAGCUUCUCACGUGUUGCCAAAGCGCCAUCAGAUCUACUCGUCGGAUUUUUCUCAAGGAACCACGGAGAUGAAGAUCCAUUCGAUGGGAAAGGCGGGGUCUUAGCCCAUGCCUUUGCGCCGACUGAUGGAAGGCUUCAUUAUGAUGCUGAUGAGAAUUGGGUGAAUGGAGCUGUUCCCGGGGGAUUCGAUAUGGAGACAGUUGCAAUACAUGAGAUUGGACAUUUGUUGGGGCUCGGACACAGCCCCGAUCAGUCUGCAAUCAUGUACCCUACCAUCCCCCCUGGAAUUACAAAGGGUUUGGGGAAGGAUGAUAUCAAAGGAAUCGAAGCAUUGUAUGCAUGA